AUGUCGACUGCGGACGAGCUCAAGGCUCUCGGCAACAAGGCCAUCGCCGAGAAAAAGUUCGACGAGGCCAUUGAUGCCUUCACCAAGGCCAUCGACAUCGACGCCACCAACCAUGUCCUCUACAGCAACCGCUCCGCCGCCUACGCCUCCAAGAGGGAGUGGGACAGCGCCCUGAAGGACGCCGAGAAGACCACCGAGAUCAAGCCCGACUGGCCGAGGGGCUGGGGCCGCAAGGGUGCCGCCCUGCACGGCUCGGGCGACCUGCUGGGCGCCCACGAUGCCUACGAGGAGGGCCUGAAGCACGACCCCAACAACGCCGGCCUCAAGAGCUCCCUGGCCUCGGUCAAGCGGGCCAUGGAGCAGGAGGCCGGCGGCGACUUUGGCGGCGACCCUCUGGGCGGCAUGGGCAAGAUGUUCAGCGACCCCAACCUGCUGCAGAAGCUCAUGACCAACCCCAAGACCAGCGGCUACUUUGCCGACCCGUCCUUCGUCGCCAAGGUGCAGCAGCUGCAGAAGAACCCCCAGAUGUCCCAGGACCUGUUCAGCGACCCCCGCAUGAUCCAGGUUCUGGGUGUCGCCAUGGGCGUCGACAUGGAGAUGCGCGACCCUAGCGACAUGCCCGCCGGCGCCUCGUCGUCUGGCGCCAAGGAGGCCGAGGAGGACGUGCCCAUGCCCGAUCGCCCGGCUGCCCAGUCCAAGCCUGAGCCCAAGAUGGCUCCCGAGCCCGAGCCCGAGCCCGAGUUGGACGAGGAGGAGCUCGCCAAGAAGAAGGCCAAGGAGGAGGCCGACAAGGAGAAGGCCCUCGGAACCGAGAACUACAAGAAGCGCAACUUUGACGAGGCCAUCAAACACUAUAGUGCCGCUUGGGAGCUCCACAAGGACAUCACCUACCUGAACAACCUGGGUGCCGCUCAGUUCGAGAAGGGUGACUACCAGGCCUGUAUCGAGGCCUGCACCAAGGCCAUCGAGGAGGGCCGUCUGAUCUACGCCGACUUCAAGAUGAUCGCCAAGUCGUACGCCCGUAUCGGCAGCGCAUACGAGAAGCAGGGUGACCUGACCUCGGCCAUUGACAACUACAAGAAGUCUCUGACCGAGCAUCGCACGCCAGAUGUCAGCGCCAAGCUCCGCGCCGCCGAGCGUGCCAAGAUCGAUUCUGCAAAGAAGGCCUACAUCGACCCCGAGAAGGCCGAGCAGGCCCGCCUGGAGGGCAACGAUAAGUUCAAGGCCCAGGACUUCCCCGGCGCCGUCGCGGCCUACACCGAGAUGACCAAGCGCGCACCAGAGGACCCGCGCGGAUACAGCAACCGUGCCGCGGCUUUCGUCAAGCUCUUCGAGUUCCCCAGCGCCCUCGACGACUGCGAUAUGGCCAUCAAGAAGGACCCCAAGUUCAUCCGUGCCUACAUCCGCAAGGCUCAGGUCUACUUUGGCAUGCGCGAGUACUCCAAGUGUAUCGAUCAGUGCAACGAGGCGACGGCAAUCGACAACGAGCACCACAACGGCGCCAACGCCCGUGAGAUUCAGCAGCAGCAGGAGAAGGCUCUGUCCGCCAUGUACUCGGCACGUGACAACGAGACGGAGGAGCAGACCAGAGAGCGCCUGCAGAAGGACCCCGAGAUCAUGGCGAUUAUGCAGGACCCAGUCAUGCAGUCAAUUCUGCAGCAAGCUCAGUCCGACCCUGCUGCGCUGCAGGAGCACAUGAAGAACCCGGCGAUCCGGACAAACGUUCAGAAACUCGUUGCAGCAGGUGUCAUCCGUAUGGGUCGAUAA